AUGGCCGAUCACAACCAAUUUGAACUCUCGCCACCGCCAUUCGACAGCGUGUCUUCUGUGCGGUUCUCUCCGACAAACCCUUCGCAUUUGCUUGUCUCCUCCUGGGACACGACUGUUCGCUUCUACGAUGUCACAGCAAAUGAACAAAAAGCGAAAUUUGACCAUCGCGCGGCAGUUCUUGCCUGCUGCUUCGGUGAUGAUACGCAUGCAUACAGUGGUGGCUUGGAAACAUUGGUCCGAGAGCUUCAUCUUGAGACUGAGAAUAUCAGUCACCUCGGACAACACUCCGACUCAGUAUCAUGUAUGAACUACACGCGCGAGCUUAGUGCACUGAUUACUGGCUCGUGGGAUCGUACCGUCCGCUUCUGGGAUCCGCGUGCGACUACAGCUCAGCAAUCAUCGCAUAGCGUCCCCGAGCGGGUAUACUUCAUGGACUUGGUCAACAACAACCUUGUCGUGGCGAUGGCCAGUCGCCUCUUCCAUAUAUAUGACAUUCGCAAGAUGGAUGCGCCUGUACAGACGAGGGAGAGUAGUCUGAAGUUUAUGACACGCGCACUUGCUUGCAUGGUGGAUGGUCAAGGCUACGCGACUGCCUCGGUUGAGGGCCGGAUAGCUGUCGAAUAUUUCGACCCCAGUCCUGAAGCGCAGGACAAAAAGUAUGCCUUCAAAUGCCACCGCCAGACGAUUGACGACGUGGACCACGUCUGGCCCGUCAACUCGCUUGCAUUCCAUCCUGUCUACAACACAUUCGCCUCCGCGGGCUCUGACGGCACAGUUUCAAUUUGGGAUCAUAAGCUCAAGAAGCGGCUGCGGCAGUACCCGAAGUACCACUCCCCUGUGCCGUCAGUUGCGUUCAACUGCGACGGGACGAAGCUGGCCGUGGGGGUCAGCUACACGUGGGAGGAAGGCGAGGAAGGGGCGAAGGCGGCAGAGCGACCGAGUGUCUAUAUCAGGACGACAGGUGACGAAGUGAAGCCUAAGGGGUGGACGGGCAGCUGAAUGCAGCGAUGAUAGUGUAUGUUCUCGAGACGCGAUUUUUCGGUAGUAGAAUAUCUCAUGCUGGCGGGUCAUCCAAAUCCGAGUCUGUAUUUGCAGCUG